GGUGUCUACAAGGCACUCGAAUCCAUUCUUCACAAAACACAGUAAUGCUGUAUUUACGGAAUGCACUGCGUGAUGAAAUUCAAAAGUGCUUCAGCAUACCCUCCCAGAUUCCAAGACAGACAGUCACCAUCGCCUCGCCAUCAUACCUCGCCUCCGCUCUCACCAAUCCUCCCUCUCCCGUCGUACCCACCCAAACGUUCUCGAACAACCCCCAACCCCACACACCACGUCGCCAUACGUACGUUUCAUCGCAGCCUCCCAGCUCACCACGCCUCACUCGCCUCGUCAUCCGCACAAAAUGUCGUCACGCGCAUAUGCCAUGCUGUUCUGAAACAAGCUUGUACUCGUAGUAUGACUCCACGUAACCGUACGGCGGAGUGGGUCAGCGGAUAACGGGAAAAGGUGCGUGUGCGUGUUCGGUGUCUCUU